UGUCGUUUAAUUAUGACACGUUAUACCCUGCCUGCAUCCUUCAUCUUCUCCCUCCAAAAGCUCUCUUGAGUUUGAGAAAGUGUGAAACCCUAACUGAGCUUUCGAUCACUCGGCCAUGUCGUCGACCUUACUGGAAGUGACUAGGUCAGCUCAUGAGGAGGUGGAGCGGCUCGAGCGCCUCAUAGUGAAGGAACUCCAGACGGACCCAUCGAGCAACAAGGACCGCUUGUUCCAGAGCCACCGGGUCCACCAUAUGAUCGACACCAUCACCGUCACAACUGAAAAACUCGUUGAUAUAUAUGAAGAUAAGGAUAAUGCAAGGAAGGAUGAGAUUGCAGCUCUUGGGGGCCAAACCGCAACGGGAACCAAUGUGUUUAGUGCAUUUUAUGAUAGAUUAAAAGAGAUUCGUGAAUACCAUAGAAGGCAUCCAGCUGCACGCGUUGUUGAUCCUAAUGAGGAUUUUGAAGCGCUUCUGAAGGAGGAACCAUUAAUUGAAUUCAGUGGGGAGGAAGCUUUCGGACGAUAUCUUGAUUUGCACGAAUUAUAUAAUCAGUAUAUUAAUUCGAAAUUUGGCGAUCAUAUUGAUUACUCUACUUACCUUGAUGUUUUUUCACAACCUCAUAAAAUUCCACGCAAGCUGAAGAUGACAAGGCAAUACAGGGAAUACAUAGAGAAUCUGCUGGAGUACUUAACAUAUUUUUUCCAGCGUACAGAGCCCUUGCAAGAUCUUGAUAGAAUAUUCUCGAAGCUUAUAACAGAAUUUGAAGAGCAAUGGGAAAAUGGUCUAAUAGAAGGAUGGGAGGGUGAAGGUCAAGGAAAUGGACUUAUACCGGAUUGGCAUGCUGUGAUUGAUCUUGAUUAUUAUAACUCAGUUGAAGAGCUGAUGGUAGUGGGUCCUGAAAAAUUAAAAGAGGCAUUGUCAGCAUUAGGACUGAAGACAGGAGGUACAGUUCAGCAACGUGCUGAGAGACUUUUUCUAACAAAGGAUACACCUCUUGAAAAGUUAGAUAAGAAACAUUUUGCAAAAGGUUCACGUGUUCAAGAGCAAAAUGGGGUUGCUGCAGCUAAUAGUUUUAAAGAAAUUGCUCUGAUGGAGGCAAAAAUAAACAAACUUUGCGAGUUACUGGAAGAGACAAUUGAUCGAACAAGAGACAAUAUUGUGAAGAAGCAGGCUCUGACCUAUGAGGAAAUUGAAGCAGAACGUGAAGAGGAAGAUACACAGGCUGACACUGAAAGUGAUGACGACGAUCAGCAGAUAUAUAAUCCUCUCAAAUUGCCAAUGGGUUGGGAUGGGAAGCCUAUACCUUAUUGGCUGUAUAAACUUCAUGGCCUUGGCCAGGAGUUCAAGUGUGAGAUAUGUGGGAACUACAGUUACUGGGGCCGUCGUGCCUUUGAGCGGCAUUUCAAGGAAUGGCGUCAUCAACAUGGGAUGCGUUGCCUAGGCAUACCAAACACCAAGAAUUUCAAUGAGAUCACAUCUAUUGAGGAAGCAAAAGAACUAUGGAAGAGGAUACAAGAACGACAAGGAGUGAACAAGUGGCGACCAGAUCUUGAAGAAGAGUAUGAAGACAAAGAGGGUAACAUCUACAACAAGAAGACAUACACUGAUCUUCAACGUCAGGGACUGAUAUGAGAAAAGCAAUUGUCCAGGAAAAAUCUAGUUGCAGGAUUAGCAUGGUUUGCCCCUCUGACUUGUUACCAGCAUAGUUAUUUUGGCCACUACUAAUUGGAGCUGGGGAAUGCUGGACUUGUAGAUUUUGUGUACAACUCGCCUAAUAUUAGAUUGGUUUAGUGUUCCGUUAAAUGUAUCGGAAAACUACAGGAGUGCUGGACUUUUUUUCUUUUUAUUUUAUAGCAAACAAGGAGAUAUUGCACUGUUGGCCCAUUAA